AUGGAAUCAAGGAGGGCAAAACUAAAGAUCACUAAAGUUCUUUGGGAUUUUCCUCCAACUGGUUGGAUCAUGUGUAACACAGAUGGAGCAUCUAGAGGAAAUCCAGGUAUUAGUUCCUAUGCUUUCUGUCUAAGGGAUGAAUUAGGAGAUUUGAUAUAUGCAAAGGCAGAAGGAAUUGGUGAAGCUACAAAUAUAGAAGCUGAAAUGAUGGCCAUAAAGGAAGCUCUAAGAUACUGUAGAGAUAUGGAUUUCAACAAGGUGAUAAUUCAAACAGACUCACAAAUGAUUCAAAAGAUCAUGACUGAAGUUUGGAAACCACCUUGGCAUAUAUCUAAUUGGGUAGAUGAAGCUAAGGACUUUGCAAGCAACAAGGAGUCUAUAACAGCAAAAAAUACAGCAAUAGCAACAAUUUUAGAUCGCAGCAACAACAUCAACAAGGCAAAUCACAGAUCUGGGGAAAGCAGGAACAAGUUCAUUACCUCGAAGGAAGCAGAUCAAGUGACUGUCAGGUUCAUGAGCAACGAUUCAGCAGCAUCUCAACUCAUAAGGUGA